UCCUGAGCCGUCGCCGCCGCCGCCGCUGCCGCCGCCGCCGCCUCCGCUCGAAGAUUUCUUCCCAAGCGGGGGCACUGAUGGGCAUCGCCGCCUUGCCACAGCUGCCUGGGACCCAAUCCUGUGCCUGGGCUGUUGCCGCUGCUUGCCUUCGCUGGAGGCGCCCCCCUGCGAGUGGUGGGAUCGUACUGUAAGAUGUAGAAUGCGCCCAGUGCUUAGAGCCAAGCGGCAGCAGCCUCUCUUGUGGCCCGGGAAUGCGGAACCCCCAGCACCUCCUUGGAUUUGGAUGGUCCCAAGUGCGUCUGGGCUUUUUCGGAUCGGAGGCGCUGCCGGGGUAGUGCCCCCUCCUCCUCCUCCUCUGCUGCUCUCUUCGCCUCCUCCUCCUCCCCCACCUCCCCCGCCGCCGGCCCCGUUGAUCCAGGGGGUUUCGAGCUGGCAACUUCCCUGCGACCCUUUUGUGCCUUUGAUGGCAUCGGAGCACCACUCGACCGUUCACCAGUUCCCGUUUCUGAACGGACAGUGGAUAUUUGGACCUCAUUCUCCAGUAAUUGGAUUUUCACCUUCCUCAAAUGUGGAGUUUGUUCCUCUGAUUCCUCAUGUGUAUACUACCACCGCUCUACCACAUUCUGGGAAAAGUUGGGUAGAAAAGAGAUUACCAAAUUGCAGGAUUUAUUUGAACAACACAUUUGCUCUUGAUUCAACAUGGAUACAUCCCAAGGAACUAAGAAUCUACCAAGGACAUGAAAAGCCUCUUGCUACAACAAACCAAGUAGCUGUGGCAGUAUCUAGGCCAGCCACUGCUCCAAGGCCUUUUCCUACAGUGGUAUUAACACCUCAACCGAUUCCAGCUGGUUCCCUUAAACAAACUGGAGGAAACCAGACCAUUGCCUUUGCAGCAGCCAUGCUGUCCAUAGAUGCUGAGCCCCCUCAGGGACCACCAUCAAGUAUCCAACCAUGUCAUGUGCUGACUUUGUCACCAAUAAAAAUUCCGGUUUUGACAUCACCUUUCCAAGGUAUUGCUUCUAGACUCGAAACUCGCAUGACUCCUCUGAUGCCAGCUCAAGUCACCAGGGUAGCGGCUAUCUCAUCACCAGCUGUGACGUUCAUGGCAACCAAUUUGGUGGAUCAAACAUUAGCAGAUAAAAGGAAAAAACCAGACAGAACAUCCUGCCCACCAACCCUAAUUUUACAUACUGAACUGAAGAAUAAGCCAGCAGAAAAUGAAAAUGAGAAGACUCAUUCUUUAAAACUACUCACAGAUGAUGAAAACACUUCAAAUGGCAACAAGCCUGUUGCAUCUACUCCUGUUCCAGGAUCUCCUUGGUGUAUAGUCUGGACUGGAGAUGAUCGAGUCUUCUUCUUCAACCCUACAAUGCAAUUGUCAGUAUGGGAGAAACCAGUGGAUCUAAAGAACCGCGGUGAUAUUAACCGGAUCAUUGAAGACCCACCUCAUAAACGCAAACUGGAAGCUUCAGCAACAGAAAAAGAUGGCACAGAUCCAGAAGAUAUGAGUGAUGACAGCAGCAUCAAAACAAAGAGAAACAAGUUGGAAAAUUCACAGAAUACAGAAGUAGAAAAAAUAACAAUGGAAGAGAAAAAUGUGAAAACAUCAGAACAUCCGAUUACCCUUCCCUUGGAGGAACGUAUUACCCAUUUUCGAGAUAUGCUUCUGGAAAGAGGGGUCUCUGCAUUUUCCACAUGGGAAAAAGAACUUCAUAAAAUUGUGUUUGAUCCACGUUAUCUUCUUCUAAACUCAGAAGAACGUAAACAGAUAUUUGAGCAGUUUGUCAAGACGAGAAUAAGAGAAGAAUAUAAGGAAAAGAAAAACAAAUUACUGCUAGCCAAAGAAGAGUUUAAAAAGCUGCUUGAGGAAUCUAAAUUGUCACCCAGGACCACCUUUAAGGAGUUUGCAGAGAAACAUGGCACAGAUCAACGUUUUCGAUUGGUUCAGAAAAAGAAAGACCAAGAGCAUUUUUUCAACCAGUUCAUACUUAUCCUUAAAAAGAGAGACAAAGAGAACAGAAUAAGGCUACGGAAAAUGAGAUAAAAAGGAAACCUGCAAUAAGAAUGCAAGUCAAAUACUGGGGCAUCCAGAGUGGAGAAGAAGAAUGGCAUGCAUUUUAAUAUCAUCUUUUGAGUUUUUUACUCCCAGCGAUUAGAAGAAGAAAAAAAUCAGAAAAUCCGAAGAGCCAUCUCAGCCCACAAAGUUUCUGUCUGUUGUAUGUGGAAGACUGCACUGCAGAAAUCUGUAGUAUAUUUCAUUCUCAGAGACUUAAUGUUUCAUAUUGAAGCUCUCUUUUUGUACAACAUUCAAAUUUGAUGCGUUUCUAAUUACAUGAUAUGUCAGUCCCUUAAUUGUUUUAAUAAUUUAUGCAAAUUAUUUGUAAUAUACACAAAAUUGAAAUCCAGCGUGAUUUGUUAUUAAGCAGAAGCAGAUGCCAUCCAUAAUAAUAAUAUCAAGGAUUUUUUUUAACCAUUUAAGAAAAAUAAAAAGUAACACUACGCUUCUCUGCACAUUUAUUUGGAAAUAAGUCCUGUUGACUUCACCAACACUUGCUCCCAAAUAAAAGUAGUUAAAAACGCUGCACAGUUAUGUUUCAGCAGCUUUGUACAUUAAAAAAAAAAUGGUUUAAAGGUCCAGUGAUACUGAAGAAAUCAUUAUUCAAUGUUCAUAGGUCUAAGUCUAGUUUUCUGAGUCGUAGUAGUAAUAGGGUAUUAAUUGUAAUCAUAGUGAAGAUGUGAAAACCCCGGCAUCUUUCCUGUAGAAAAGUGUAUAAAUCUUUACCAAAAAAAGCUUUGUAAUUAAAUUGUUCUCAAUAAUGCUGUAGGCCAGGAGUCUCCAACCUUGGCAACUUUAAGCCUGGAGGACUUCAA